UUUUCGGUAACCUGUAUUAAAUUAACCAGAGAUGGAAUUCAAGAACAACUUUAUAUGAAACUUAAAUCUUUUACAAGUUGGCGAAGAAAAUAAAAAAUAAACCUGCGUUUCAUCGGAUUUGGGCUGAAGGUACCUUUCUGAUUCACCGUGCCACGUAAAUCAGCUGCACGAGUAACGGUGAUUCAAAUACAGUAUUUCAGACAUUUGAACCCACGCAUCGAUCACAUAUUGCUUUGGCCACGCAUGUACCGCCGACGGUUAAAUAACUAUAUGAGUUAUAUCGUAAGUAGUAUAUCCAAUGCCUAGAACAAUAUCAUCGAUACCGAUAACUCAUAAUUGUGGGUGUCAUUCGAGGAAGUAAACUAGUAACCUAUUGCUUCAAGAAACUGUAUGCAAAACUGUAUCUAGUUAUUGCUUUAUAUAUACACGUGAUGAGUCUGAUGGCAUGCAAGUUGGUUAACAGCUCCACAGUAUCUCUGUUAUUAUAACUAAUAAUUUAAUAUCUCUUAAUCGACUUUUGAACCACCCUGUAAAUAUAAUUUGGCGCUCCAGAAGUAUGUGCACCAAGAUGGCGCACAACCAGAUGACCCUAACCUGGUACACAUACUAUGUUCAGGUUGUGCGUCAUCUUGGUGCACAUACUUCGGGAGCAUCUUUAGUUUUAGUCUGCCACUUAAAUUAGACCAAAUAUUCAAAUACUUCUUAUUUUCUAUAUGUCAUUACUGCAAUGUAUGAAUCAUUAUGAUCCGAAUACAUACUUUGUAUUUAUGCAAUUUUAUUGGAAAUAACGGUUCUACAUUUGUAUGUAACCCUGGUCUCCAAGGGGGAAAAAGGGUAAACACGGUAUUUAUGAAAGAGUCACAAAUAGGAUUUUAACCUAAAUAGUGAAUUGAAGUUAUGAUCUCGUCAAUAUAGAAAAAAAGAACUUCUCAUCUACUGGGCCAGUCAACCAAAGAAUAUAUCUGGCGGAUAUUGCAUUUUAGAAAGAAAAAAAAAACAUGUGUCAAGACCAGAUACGACCGGCCCGCCGAAUCAUACACAAAAUUAACAAGACAAAACUGUCCCGAAGGAAUGGCACAUUCGUCGUUGAAGUCAGUCAGUGGAGAAGAUAUAACUGUAUUUUGAUUACCGCUUUCCUCUUCCUGGGUUAAAUUCCGAAAUAACGUCAAUCAGAUUAAAAUAUAAAUUAUCAAACUUAAAAUCCAUGUAAAAGGUGUUGCAAUAACUGAUACUAACAACUUAAAAUUGGGAUAAACUUUUCUUGUACAAAUCUGUUAUUUACAUCUUGGUAUUUAUGCGAAUGUUCUGAAUCUUCUUUACUGAAUGCAUGAAUAAACGUAAUAGAUAUGUUAGAUCAAAGCUAGCUUCUGUUUUAUGGGGUAUUUUUAUACCCCAAUUCCGAACAUGGCCAUGGACAAGCGACUGAUAUGCAGUGAGCUAUUAUUUUGAAUGGAUUGAAAUGUUUCCAAUUCCAAAUCGAAGAGAUAUCGUUUCACAUAGUAUGGUUUGCUGGUGGCGAAGUAGCCUCUAUCCGUUUGAGCAAAAGACAAAAAAUUAUAAGUUAGUCAAACGAAACAAGAUGUUAUGUACCUGUAGGGUGUACAAGCCUAUAGUAUCAAGCACAAGAAAGGUUUAAAGAUGCUAUUUACUUUGGAGAUAUGAAAAGAAAUGAUUGCUAUUGUCAUUGCCUUUAUAUUUUCAUGUCGCUCCAAUCCUAUUGUUCGUAGUUAUGUAACCGAUACCGGUAAGCAGGCACAAUCGGGCGUGGGCACGAGAAGACGGACUUGUUAUCAUUUUGUUCGAGAACUAUGGAGACUUUAUCAAUAGAUAACGUCUGAGGGCUUAGAGGUAAUAGGUUGACAAGAAGUUGUGAAUUAUUAUAUUGUGUUUUUAUACGAUAGAUUUCAAGAUAUGGGUUCAUCAGCCUGCAAAAUACCAGAAGUUCAGAAUGCCAUAGAAGCCAAAAUCAGAGAUAAGGCGUUGAGCAUACGAGAAAUGAAGAAAACCACAAGUUUGCCCGAAGAAACACUAAUUGGAAAACAAAGUACCAAAAGAAUUGUGGACAUUUUACUUGAAACGUCUGAUUACAAUUUUGAUGUUGGUGACAGAAGCGAGAACGAUCGCAUAUUCAAUUUGGAGAGUUCCAAAAAAAAAUCGUUUGAAAACGGAAUCGGAAUUUUGAUUUGUCCAGAUGAAAACCGGAAAGCUGUAAUCAAGAGUACCAGCGAGAAGAUUUUUUUGAGUCCAUCAGGAGGGAUACGUUGGCCAAACAUUGAAAUGACAUAUCGUCAUUGUUCAGUCUCACAGUGUGUUGUCGAAAAUUUCAGACACAAAAUAAUCGGGCAUACCGACUUUUUUUUGUUGUAUGCUGUAGUACCGGAUUUCAAGGACAACAAGGUGGCGUUUGAAAACGACGUCCAGGAAACCGUCAAUUAUUUUGAACAACGUCAUGCCAGCGUUCUAGAUGGCGUUUCAAAGUUGUUCAUAUUCGAGUGUUCAAGACAAAGGCGAGAUGAAAUGUCACCAUCGACGCUGAAUUUCAGUGAAGAUCCAGAUACCGCCGUCAUAUUUACUGACGGGGUAAGCCCUGGUGGAUACGAAUAACAUUUUUGGUACAUCUUAUUAUAAAUGAUAAUCUGAUAUUCUACUGAAUCCAAAUGUACAGCUAGCUCGUGAUAUUUUUAUGACGCCGUACAAUUUCGAAAUCGCACUCUUUUAAGAGAUAAGACAUCCUAAUCAAAUUAAGUUUGUAACUUUUUGAGUGCGCAAAAUUUUAUGCAUUUUUUAUAUAUUUAUAUUAAUGGCAUGAUUUUCAAAAUAAACUAAAAUUGUAUACUUUCAACUUAUUUUCCGCUUGGAAAUAUGUACAUUAUGUUACUAA